GUGACAUACUGCCGAGAGGUUGUAGGGCAAGAGGGUGUCUCCCCCAAACGGGCCGACCCUCCCGCGGCCUCGUCGCAUGGACUAUAAUAGGAUGAACUCCUUCUUAGAGUACCCACUCUGUAACCGGGGACCCAGCGCCUACAGCGCCCCAACCUCCUUUCCCCCCAGCUCGGCCCCGGCCGUUGACAGCUACGCAGGCGAGGGCCGCUAUGGCGGGGGGCUGCCGAGCCCCGCGCUGCAGCAGAACUCGGGCUAUUCAGCCCAGCAGCCGCCUCCGGCGCUGGGGGUGCCCUUCCCCAGCUCUGCGCCCUCCGGGUACGCGCCGGCCACCUGCAGCCCCGGCUACGGGCCUUCCCAGUACUACCCUCUGGGUCAGUCGGAAGGAGACGGAGGCUAUUUCCACCCCUCGAGCUACGGAGCCCAGCUAGGGGGCUUGUCCGACGGCUACGCAGCGGGUGCGGCGGGCCCGGGGCCCUACCCUCCGCCGCAGCCCGGUUACACGAACGAGCAGACGGCAAGCUUUGCACCGGCCUACACUGAUCUCCUCUCCGAGGACAAGGAAGCUCCCUGCCCGUCAGAACCCAGCACCCCCACGGCCCGGACCUUCGACUGGAUGAAGGUUAAGAGAAACCCACCCAAGACAGCUAAGGUGUCGGAGCUGGGCCUGGGCCCUCCGGGCGGCCUCCGCACCAACUUCACCACGCGGCAGCUGACCGAGCUGGAGAAGGAGUUCCACUUCAACAAGUACCUGAGCCGGGCCCGGAGGGUGGAGAUCGCAGCCACCUUGGAGCUCAAUGAAACACAGGUCAAGAUUUGGUUCCAGAACCGGCGCAUGAAGCAGAAGAAGCGCGAGCGGGAGGGAGGCCGGAUGCCCCCGGCCCCACCAGGCUGCCCCAAGGAGGCCGCGGGAGAUGCCUCGGACCAGUCAACGUGCACCUCCCCGGAAGCCUCGCCCAGUUCUGUCACCUCUUGAACUGAACCUACGACCGACCGACCGACGGGGCUUCUAGGCACUGGAGCGCCUCGGUCCAGCCCUCUCCUAGGCUGUCCCCAAGCUGAGGCCUCGGUUUCACUGUCUUGGUGAUCCUCUCCAAGGCU